AUGUCUGCUCCAGCUACUACUCAAAUCGAAAUCUUACAAGAAGGUGACGGUAAAACUUUCCCAAAACCAGGUGAUUUAGUUAGAAUUCACUACACUGGUACCUUAGAAAGUGGUAAAAAAUUCGACAGUUCAAGAGAUAGAGGUAGUCCAUUCCAAUGUACCAUUGGUGUUGGUCAAGUUAUUAAAGGUUGGGAUACUGGUAUUCCAAAGUUAUCUGUUGGUUCAAGAGCUAAAUUAACUAUUCCAGGUCAUGAAGCUUAUGGUCCAAGAGGUUUCCCAGGUUUGAUUCCUCCAAAUGCUACUUUAUUAUUCGAUGUUGAAUUAUUAGGUAUUAACUAG